GGAAACCUUCUAACUACACUCCGUACGGAUAUAUCGAUAUUGAAUCUCGCGGCAGGCGACGCCAAAAAGAACGACCAUUGCAAAGCCCAGAAACUUUUCCAAACCGCACGCACACAUCUUCCCUUCCCGCCGGACCCUCCUCCUCCUCUUCCUUCACACCAUCACAACCAGUGAGCGCGUGCCCCCGCAGGAAAAGAAACAAAAAAAAACCAAAAAAACAAAACCAUGUCGGAGCUCAAUUCGGUCGUCGUCGUCACGACCAGCAUCGUCGCCUUCAUCACCGGCUUCGGCCUGGGCGUCUACGCGAUCCGCGGCUACCUCAUCUCUCCCGACCUGGCCGCCCAGCGCCACGCGUACCUCAACGACCCCGUCGAGAGCGAGGAGUCGGACGUGGACGAGGAGGAGACGCUGCUGGACCACGCGCCCAACUGGGCCAACGGACCCGAGGCCGACCGGAGGCAGGGCCUGCGGGUGGGCGGUGCCGGACCGGCGACCCGCGGCCGGGCCGCGGGGCUCCAGGUGAGCGGGAACGAGGAGUGCAAGCUGGUGCUGGUCGUCCGGACGGACUUGGGAAUGACCAAGGGCAAGAUCGCGGCGCAGUGCUCGCACGCGACGCUCGCGUGCUACAAGUCCCUCUUCCGCGCCGCGCAGCAGGACGCGCUGUCGCCCGAGGCCAAGAUCCUGCGGCAGUGGGAGCGCAUGGGGCAGGCCAAGAUCGCGGUGCAGGUCAAGAGCGAGGACGAGCUGCUCGAGCUGAUGGGCAAGGCGCGAAGCCUGGGGCUGACGGCCGAGGUGAUCGCCGACGCGGGGCGGACGCAGAUCGCUUCCGGGAGCAGGACGGUCCUGGGCGUCGGGCCGGCGCCCAAGAGCUUGGUGGAUCAGGUCACGGGCCACCUCAAGCUCUUGUGAGAGGCUCGGUGUGUGUCGAUACUAAUUGGGAAGCUCAGAUGGGAAAAAGGGGGGAGGGG